AUGGCUUCCAAGGCUUUGAUUCUGGUGGGUCUGUUCGCAGUUCUUCUUGUCGUCUCUGAAGUGGCCAUGGCAUCUGGACGGCAAUCGGUGACUGUGAAAUCAGAGAGCAAGGAAACACUGCACCCUGAUGAACUCCCCCCAGCAUACGGACCGCCAAAUUCACAACUCCCCCCAGCAUACGGACAAGCGCCGCCAACACCACCAAUCCGCGGAGGAGCUUAUUGCCGUUAUGGCUGCUGUUAUAGGAGCGUUAACUCUUACUACUGCUCAAGGUGUUGCUCUUAUGCCGGAGAAGCUGUCCAGACACAGCCCGGUCACUAA